GUAUCUCCUGCCGCAGUCAAGUCAACAUGUUCCCGAGACUGAGAGUUUCUGCUGCCUCUUUUCGCCAAUUAUUGAGAACAAAGAGUAAUUUAGACGCGACAGUUACGAGAGCGUGUAGCAUAGAGACAAAGUGUUACAAUGAACAUGAUCCAGCCCCAAUUUUCUUUGAUCAGAAAGUCCAAGACCUUCUCAAGAGAGUCACUGGCAUGGACUUUGACAAAAUAUUCAGAAGCAGAUUAAAUGAAAAAGAGUUAGAAGUGCCCAAGUAUGAAUUUCUCACUGACAGUGAAUUGGAUGAGCGUAUGGCGGAGACAAGAAACAGAGCUGAAAGGCUUUUGCAGAUGCCACCUGUGCUGAAGGAAAGAGUGCCCAUUGAGGAAGUGAUCUCUAAUGAUCCUGCUCUCAAGGGCUAUGACACAUGCAAAUUCGUCUUCACAGAUAUCACAUUUGGCAUGUCAGACAGAAAGAGGAUAAUACUGGUGAGAGAAACUGAUGGGGUCCUGCGCCAGGCUUCUUGGGAAGUGCGUGAUAGAAUCAAUCAGCUGUACAAUCCACGGCCUGGGCGGAAGAUCCUUAUUCCCAAGGUCUUCAGAGAGGAGAAUCUCAAGGAUGUCCUUGCAAGAGAAAAAUAUGAAUUUGUAUUGGAUCGUGCAUGUGCCCAGUUUGAGCCAGAUGACCCUGAGUAUCACCGCAUCACCAGUACCACAUAUGAAGCAGUUGAAGCCCGGCGCCACUACCAAAUGCUGCACUCCACACGACACUAUGGACCCAUGUGCUUUUAUCUGGCGUGGAACAGGAAAAUGGAUAACUUGCUGAUUGAUUUGAUUCAGAAAGAGAUGUUAUCGAAUGCAGCAGACUUGGUACAGCUGUAUCACAUCAUCCAUGCUGAUUGCAAGUCAAAAACAUUGAAUGUGGACCAGAGCCAGCAUAUAGAAUUUAUUAAGGCAUACAUGGAGCAUGACUCUGUGCGUCGACCUCAACUCCAGCUGGCAGUACAAGCUUAUGAGGAUCUGCUGAAUGAGAGACAGCAAUUUGAAAAAGAUGUCAAAUUAGCUCACGGCUUAUGAUCUAAAAGAUUUCAUUCAUUUACUAUCAGAGACACAUAGUUUUCCUUUUUUUUUUGUUUUAUGAAAGAGAGUCCACUAUUUAAAUGGGCUGUAUUAGGCAGAAGUACAAUGUGGCCAAAGUGUUGUAGUUUUCACUUGUGGAAGGUCUUCUUUUUCACCCUUUCUAAGAUGAAAUUGAUCAGUUUAGAUAUGAUUUAAAUAUGAAUAAAGCAGCAACAUAAAGUAACACAAAUCUGAAAAAUAGAAUAAAGAUAUUGUGCCACCAGUUGCUACUUUUCUUUCAAAACAAAAAUUUUAGAUAAUAAAUCAUAAGCAUUGAUAUCGUUAAAUUGGUGUGUUAUUGGUGUACAUAGCUUUUUUUGUUUUGUAAAUAAACUACUAGAAUAAAAGAGAACAUUAAUUUC